CAUCGGGAAAACAGAAUCCUCUGAUUUGCAUCGAGCUCCAGGUCCACAGUUUGCUUGUUUGGAGAUGAAACACUUGAAAGCCCAGCUCUUGCGUCAUAGAGCCAACGUACGUUGAAAGGGUGACGUCACUCGCCCCCUGACCAAUCACAGAGUUCUUCUUUCAAGCCGCGGGGGUUAAAGCCAUCCGUUAGUCGGGCAUCAGUUGGUGCUAGCAACGUUGUGCUAACGGCUAGCUUAGCCAAGACCUGUUGGAUUUACAGGUGAGUCCUUGGACUUACAGCACCACUUCACCCAUCUCACCAUGAGCGCCAGAAGCCACAGAUCCUGCACCAAGCGAUGUUGGAGCUGCUCGCAAACCAAAGACGUGCGUGGGCGAUUGUCUAGAGUGACAGUGGGAAAAACGGAGUGGAUAAAACGUGAGGAUGAAAGGGCAGAUGUGGACUGGCCACGGGACAAGAGUCCAGAACUCGUAAAAGGUCCGUGGACCCUAGAGGAGGAUGAGAGGGUGGUGGGGUUGGUCCACAAGUUUGGCAUGAAGCAGUGGUCGCUCAUCGCCAAGCACAUGCGCAGCAGGAACGGGAAGCAGUGUCGUGAGCGCUGGCUCAACCAUCUCAACCCCCUGGUGAACAAGAGCAGGUGGACCCCUGAGGAGGACCGCAUCAUUUGCCAGGCCCAACGGCUACUGGGAAACCGCUGGGCCAACAUCUCCAAACUGCUGCCCGGCAGGCCUGACAAUGCGAUCAAAAACCGCUGGAACUCUACCUUGAAGAGGAAGAUGCAGAAGGAAAGCGGGCGACUCUGUCUGCGUCACCCUGACUCCAGCAACCUCGUUAACACCUCCUCAAGCUCCUCCUCUAGCUCCUCCUCCAGCGGCCCCUCCUCCAGCAUAGCUGACGCCACUGCCACAAAGGAUCAGCUGAUGAGCAGUGAGGUUCUCACCAUGUUGACUGACUGGAGCCCUGCCCACAGCGGCGAGCAAAAAGAGAGAGCCGCCAUGCUGUCACGCUCGGAGGAUCAGCUGAUGAGCAGCGAGGUGAUCUCCAUGUUUACCGACCGCAGCCCGGCCUACAGCGGCGAGCACAAGGACAGAGCCGCCAUGCUGUCACGCUCAGAGUUCUUCAGUCGAGGGGCCAUGGAAGACGGAAAGAUGGGGCCUGUCAGCUCUGCCCCCAAUGAAGAGUUGACAUCACGUGAUGUGUUCAGGACCACGGAGAUGAGAUGGUUUUUGACUUCAGCUCCCAUGAUGGCUACGCCCUCAAAGACAGACAGCGGCCAUCCGGACGAGCAGAUACGGGGCCACAGUCCACAGAGUGGCUUUCAGCCGGUGCAUCGGUGUCUCAGCUGGGUCCUGGACGAUGGUGAGCCGGGCGGCUUCCCCCUGGUUGGACAGGAAGUGUGGUGGUGCCGACAGCCCCUCGAUGCCGCCGAGGAAAACCUUCAAAAGAGAAGCAACCCCUUUGAGGUGCACUAACAUUUAGCACGAGGUGCACAAGGUGGCCAAGUUCCCCAGUUAACUUGAUAUUCACACAUAAACUAUAACAAUAUUUAUCUUUUUGUUCAUUUGUUGGCAGAAACACGCAGUUGAAGCAGUCAGCGAGUCAUCGUGAACUUUCUUCUUUUCUGUCAGCUUUAGCGAGUCAUGACUCAGAGAUUUUAACACACAACCAGAAGUUCAUUGCAAACAAUCACUUUUAUUGAUUUCUUUCGCAAGA